CAGCAUACAACCCAAGAAGAAAAAUCCUGAGGAAACCAGCAGGAGGAACGUUUGAAUGCUGUUGAUCUGCUGGAAAUGAAAGAUGAAAGUGAUGAACUGAAUGGACUGGAGGAGACACAUCAGUAUCAGAAACCUCAUCAUUUCAAAAUGGAAGAAAUAUCUUCUGAUUGCUCGGAGAUGAAAAAUACUUCUUCACAAACAUGGCAAUGCACGAAAACAAGAGAAUCUUUCACUUGCCCUCAUUGUGAAGAGGGCUUUGCUUUGAAAAGAGACUUUGAUCUGCACAUAAGAGUCCACACUGGAGAAGAGAUGUUCACCUGCCCUCAGUGUGGAGAACAUUUCUCGUGCGGAGAACAACUUGGAGACCACAUAAGAACUCACAUUGAAGAGCGCCCGUUCUCAUGUCUUCAGUGUGGAAAGAGUUUUAAACAAAAGGAUACACUUAAUACUCACAUGAUAAUUCACACUGGAGAGCGGCCAUACCCGUGUCCUCAGUGUGGAAAGAGUUUUAGAGAGAAUGGCACGCUUAAUAAACACAUGAUAAUUCACACCGGAGAGCGUCCGUACACGUGUGUUGAGUGUGGAAAAAGUUUUAGACGGAAUAAUGCGCUUAAUAACCACAUGAUAAUUCACACUGGAGAGCGCCCGUACACGUGUGUUCAGUGUGGAAAGAGUUUUAGAGAGAAUGGCACGCUUAAUAAACACAUGAUAAUUCACACCGGAGAGCGUCCGUACACGUGUGUUGAGUGUGGAAAAAGUUUUAGACGGAAUAAUGCGCUUAAUAACCACAUGAUAAUUCACACUGGAGAGCGCCCGUACACGUGUGUUCAGUGUGGAAAGAGUUUUAGACAGAAUGGUGCGCUUAAUAACCACAUGAGAAUCCACACUGGAGAGCGCCCAUACACCUGUGUUCAGUGUGGAAAGAGUUUUAGACGGAAUAGUGCGCUCAAUGAACACAUGAGAGUUCACACUGGAGAGCGCCCGUACACGUGUGUUCAGUGUGGAAAGAGUUUUAGACAGAAUGGUGCGCUUAAUGAACACAUGAGAGUUCACACUGGAGAGCGCCCAUACACCUGUGUUCAGUGUGGAAAGAGUUUUAGACAGAAUGGUGCGCUUAAUGAACACAUGAGAGUUCACACUGGAGAGCGCCCAUACACCUGUGUUCAGUGUGGAAAGAGUUUUAGACAGAAUGGUGCGCUUAAUGAACACACGAGAAUUCACACUGGAGAGCGCCCGUACACAUGUGUUCAGUGUGGAAAGAGUUUUAGACACAACGGUAUGCUCAAUGAACACAUGAAAAUUCACACUGUACACUGCCCGUACCCGUGUCCUCAGUGUGGAAAGAGUUUCAGACAGAGCAGGGGGCUUAAUAAACACAUGAAAAUUCACACUGUAGACUGCCCGUACACGUGUCCUCAGUGUGGAAAGAGUUUUAAAGAGAAUGGUGCGCUCAAGGAACACAUGAGAAUUCACACUGGAGAGCGCCCGUAGACAUGUCCUCUGUGUGGAAAGAGUUUUACAAGGAAUGGUAACCUUAACGCCCACAUGAAAAUUCACUCUUGAGACAGUCCUUACACACUCAAACGUUCAACCUGGACAAUUGUAUAGAGAGUUUUCCAAACCUGCAAGAUGCCAAGAACCAUCUGGAUAGAAUGCGUUCAUUGUUGAGGAGUGGAGGAUUUGAUAUUCCACAAUGGAUAAGUAAGAAGCCAGAUCUGAAAGUAUGAACUCUGGAUCAAUAAUGAUCAUUCGGAUCUGACGAAAGGAGCUUGUAUUUAAUAUUUACAAUGCGCAAUAUUUAUAGAUGCUUUGCUAGACAGUAUGUUCUUUUGGGUUAUAUAACCCCUUUUACAACCCGAGCAAAUGUUGGACAAACCUCGCGACUGGGAUGAUUCUGCUAACUGCACACGCAACUCUCCAAACGGACAAGACGUUUAUACUUUACAUGUUUGCCGUUGAGAUCUUCUUUAAAACGACAGGGGUCGCACAAACCAAAUUGUCCUGUAAAUCCGCAGGAAGUAGAAGAAAAGUUGGAAUUUUAUCAGAAUUACGUCAGAUCAUUCAGAAUGGCGUCUUGCGAGCAGCUGCUCGACAAGGAAUGGGAUGAAAAAGGAGAUGGAAUGUUCACCAACUCCAUGCCACAAAACGUGGAGAUGUAGAAUACAUCACUCUUGUGAAGCAGAUGCUUGUGAUGGACGGGGACAUGCAUUUCAAACUGUUGUUUGUUGAUUUAAUACAUAUUUAUAUCAAACUUUUUGUUCACUCUUUCUUUUCUGUGCAUAAUGCAGACACAUUUCUACAUUUUGUUGGUUAGGGACUGCUAAAUGUACAUUGCCAUAGAUUAACCCAUUGGAUAUCUGUAUGUUAUAUAAAAUCAGAAGAUAUAAGAACGUUUCAAAAGAGCCAUGUUGAUUAAUAUUGUUUUAUUCUGUAUACGAUAUAAAACAGACACAUUGAUCAUAAAAGAUGUCUGUACAGGGAGACCUGUUAAGCCAAAAUCCCUUCAAAGCUGUUCAUGUUGCUCACUGAGCUCACUGGCCGAUCGGACCCCGAUUCGCUCUUCUGAGCGCUCCCCAACCGGCGGUGGCAAGGUCAGGGAAGAGGAGCACAAAGUGUUAUUGGUUACACCACACUGGCCUAAACGCACUUGACUUCAGAGUUGAUGCUCUGGACAAGGACAUGUUCUGGCAUCCCAGAUCAGACCUCUGGAACCUCCAUGUCUGGUUUCUAGAUAGGACGAGAAUGUCCUGAGAUGGCCCACUCCCCUUCUACUAGGUGGUUAUACACUUCUAGAUUGCGCCUCUUCUCGUCCUGGUGUCUCUCUCAAGGAAGAGACCCACUGAGGUGCUCGAUCGGAAUCGUGUUGUCCUUCUUUAGAGAUUGGAGACUAACAUCUCCCCUCCACACUGAAUGUUUAUGUAGUUUCUAUCGCCAAUCAUCACGACUCAGUUGAUGGAAAGUUUCUAGGGCAGCACGACCUGGUCACCCGGUUCCUAAGGGGCGUGAGAGGGCGGAAUCCGCCUUAUCUCCGCUCCAUACCCUCUUGGGACCCUAACCUCGGAGGUUCCGAUCUUCCUCACCUGAGGAGUAAGACGGCCCUCCUGAUGGCGCUUGCUUCCUUCAAGAGGGUAGGGGACCUCCAAGCAUUCUCUGUGUCUCCGGAUUGCCUUUUAAUUCGGCCCUGGCAACUGUCACGUUAUCUUGAGACCAAGGCCCGAUAUGUGCCCAAAGCCCAAAGUGGUGAACUUGAAGGCGCUCCCCAUCGGGGAGGAAGACCCAACCACAUCUGUGUUGUGUCCUGGACCGCACGCAGAGCUUCAGGAGCUCUAACCAGCUCCUUGUCUGUGUGGAGCGUGGCAAGGCAAGGCAAGGCAAUUUAUUUAUAUAGCACAUUUCAUACACAGUGGCAAUUCAAAGUGCUUUACAUAGAAUAAAUUAAAAUAAUAAAAAGAAAUAAGA